UUCAGUGGGUGGGUGCUGAUUGAAAAGAGGCGUACAGGGAAUCGGAACUUUGAUUUUGUCAUGGAAUAAUGUUGGAGUAAAGUCUGAGCAGGAGCGGAUUGACCCGCUGCCGGUUAAUAAUCGCACCAUUCGGCGCCUUAUCAAGCACAUUCCGCCCACCCCACCCAACGUCAACAAGAACAGGAGGUGAACGGGAAGCAUCGUGGCGUCAGCAGCUCGGAGCAAUCCUCCCUGAACCCGCCCACUGGCUGCAUGGCUCUCUCUCACACACUUGGAGCUAUCGGAGAGAGAAGCAGCUUCUAAUAUCGCAGCCCCAUUCAAUUCAAAUCAAGAACUUAGCCUGAUGAUGGGUGGACUGCAGACACUGAAGGAGUUUAGUUUUUUACGCUGGCUGAGGGAAGGUCGCCAAUCUCGAAAACUGAUUCUGUUCAUAGUGUUUGUAGCCCUUCUCCUUGACAACAUGUUGCUGACCGUGGUGGUGCCCAUCAUUCCCAGUUACCUGUAUGCUCUCCAUCAUCAACCACUGGAGGUAAGCCCCACUCAAAGCCCGGGCGUGGUUUCCGCGACUCGAUUUCAAAAAAUCUUUUCUUAUUAUGACAACUCGACGAUGAACACCGAGCGGGAAAGCAGGCCGGGUGAUAUAGAGCAGGCUUUCACCACAGCGCAGUCCCCGGUGACCAAUACAACUGGGACAGCCGAUUCGAACAGCAGCUGUUUAAAGAAAGACAAGGACUUGCUGAAUGAGAAUGUCCAAGUUGGCUUGUUGUUUGCUUCAAAGGCUACUGUACAACUCGUAACAAACCCUUUCAUAGGACCGUUAACAAACAGGAUAGGAUAUCAAAUUCCAAUGUUUGCAGGGUUCAUCAUCAUGUUCAUAUCAACAGUUAUGUUUGCUUUCUCGAAGAGUUACGUCUUACUGUUCUUAGCCAGGUCUCUGCAAGGUAUUGGUUCAUCCUGCUCCUCUGUGGCAGGUAUGGGGAUGCUGGCCAGUGUUUAUACUAAUGAUGAAGAAAGGGGUAAUGCAAUGGGUAUCGCAUUAGGAGGUCUUGCAAUGGGAGUUUUGGUGGGCCCACCCUUUGGCAGUGUGAUGUAUGAAUUUGUGGGGAAGACUGCUCCCUUCCUGAUUCUGUCAGCGCUGGCACUUCUGGAUGGAGCCCUACAGCUGUUUAUCCUCCAGCCAUCCAAAGCUCAACCAGAAAGUCAUAAGGGGAGCUCACUGUUUGCACUUUUACGUGAUCCUUAUAUACUGAUUGCUGCAGGAGCCAUAUGCUUUGCAAACAUGGGUAUUGCAAUGUUAGAACCAGCCUUACCCAUUUGGAUGAUGGAGACCAUGUGCUCCCCAAAGUGGCAACUGGGUGUUGCUUUUGUUCCAGCAAGUGUCUCGUAUCUAAUUGGAACUAACAUCUUUGGUGUUCUUGCACACAAAAUGGGCAGGUGGUUGUGUUCUCUUCUCGGGAUGAUAAUUGUUGGAAUAAGCAUUGUUUGCGUACCACUUGCUAAGAAUAUAUAUGGACUUAUCGUACCAAACUUUGGAGUUGGUUUUGCCAUAGGAAUGGUAGAUUCUUCUAUGAUGCCUAUUAUGGGUUACUUAGUGGACUUGCGUCAUGUCUCUGUGUACGGAAGUGUUUAUGCAAUUGCAGAUGUGGCAUUUUGCAUGGGGUUUGCGUUAGGGCCUUCAACUGGUGGAGCCAUUGCUAAAACAAUAGGAUUCCCUUGGUUAAUGAUAAUUAUUGGUAUCAUUGACAUACUAUAUGCUCCAUUGUGUUUUUUCCUUCGAAGCCCUCCUGCCAAGGAAGAAAAGAUGGCUAUUUUGAUGAAUCAAAAUUGCACUGUUAAAACCAAAAUGUACACAACUCAGGACCACUUUCAGAAUGCCCCUGUGGUUGACGAUAAUGAGGAAGAAUCUGAGAGUGAUGAAUGAUUGCUGCCAUAUCAUAUUCUUUACAGUGUAUUUUCAUGUACAAUAUGUAGUGCUUUGUGAAAUGUCCUUUUAAAAUAGUCCUAAAUGCACUAAUUUUUUUUUGGUCAUUAUAACAUAUCAAAGCUGUUACUUAAUUCUCAUGAGUAAAGAAAUCAGGAUCGUAGGGUAUGGGGGUAGGAGACAUAAAGCUGGUUGAGUAAAAUUGAAUGCCAGCAGCCUUAUCACAACAAUUAGAAUGUUUAUUCCAUUUUUUAAUUUUUAAUCAAUGAUUAGUUUUGAAGCAUUUAUCAGUGUAUUUUAUACACACGUAUCUAUUAGUGAGGACAAACCCAGGUGUAUGCACAUAUUCAAAUACGAACUUUUAUUGUUGUAUGUUUGCUCAAAAGGUUUUCUUGCCCAUAUGAGAUUUGUACAGAUUAAUACAUUGCUACAAAUCAAAUUUGUGGACAAUUCAUUUUAUGUAAAAGUAUGGGAUAUCUUAGCAGAUAUAGUAUACUUGUAAUAUUUAUUUAUGAGUAGUCACAGUAAAGUUCACAAGUCAAGCAACUAGCUAUCUGAAAAACAGAUUAAUUCUGUUCUUAAUUAAUGAAGUUGAACCUUUAAUUGACAUUUAGAUAGAUGAGUAACAACAUCUCCUCCUUUCCAUAAAAGCUAUCAUACUGUUCACACUGAUAAAGUUGCACAUAAAGUGACUGAACAUUUGGUUGUGACAUGAAAAGUUUUUGGACAGCACUAAAAUGUGAAAACCAUUAACUAUUUUGGAAAGCAAUCCUCAACAGUUUUUUUUCUAAAAUCUAUAUGUUUACAUUGUGGCCAAUCACUUUUCUGUUCUGUAACUCAUGUGCCUUCAUUAUAUAAAAUAUAUUUACAUGAAUUUGAUAUGUUGGCACAUCUUUACUGAUUAAUACUCUACACAUCUGGUUUCCAAGCAAACUUCACAAAACUGUCCAGCCAUACAUGCAAGCAUCAUGAUGCACUACAGUUGAUAAAUAUUCAGAAACCAUGCCUUAAAUCUUCCUCCAUGACUUGUUUCUGUCAACAUUGUUCAUGAUUACUUAAAAUAGACUUUCAUAAUUGGCUCUUAUUGUUAAGUGACGAGACAUUUUGUGGUACAGACAACACGUCCUGUUCAUGCAAAUAUAAUCACUGUUCACAGACAGAUUGGACAGUUGGCCGCUUUGUGCGCUAACAGAUAGGAAAAUAUAAAUAAAGAUGUACAGAGUUUCUCCUGUUGACCAAUAAGUGGGUUCCGAAUCUGCAAUCAGAUGUGUGUUUAUGUGGAUGUGUGUUCCUUCAUUUCAUGGGGAAAUGUCUGUAAUAAAAGUACUCUGAAUAAAAAUGGCAGUGGUUUAUUAAUUUAGCUGUUACUUGGAUUUAGAAUAUAUCAAAUAAGAGUUUGAAAUAACCAUUUGAAAAUUAUU